AUGUCAGCAAUUCUUCCCUCUCAAAUUAAGAAUAAAAUAAAACGGGAUGAAGUCUAUAAUAGACAGCUUCAGGAGAAGAACCGCCAAAAGCUAGCUUUAAAACUUCGAAGACAAAAGGAAGAAGCUAAAGACCCAGAAAAAAAGAAGGAACGUCUUGCACAAAAUGUUCCUAAAACGCUUGAAAAUACACGAGAAUACGACGAGACAAUAGUUUCUGGAGAAGACCAAGAAGUUAUAGAAGACGAAACGAGCGACGAGUUCUCUCAAUACUUUAGAGAGGGGGUUGUACCUAAAUUACUGAUAACAACCAGUAAGAUGGCAGCGAAAAGUGUAUACGAAUUCGCAGAGGAAUUAGUCGAUGUUUUUCCAAAUAGUCAAUUUGUCAAACGUGGAAAGCAGUUUACUAUUAAACAGAUAGUAGAGUUUUGUAAUAACCGUGGAUUCACCGAUAUAAUGGUGGUGAAUGAGGAUAAAAAAUGUUCAAAUGCUAUCACUCUAAUACAUCUACCAGAUGGACCUACUGCUUAUUUCAAGCUUACCAGCAUUAAAUUGAGUAAACAAAUUCGAGGUCACGGACGUUCGUCUUGUCAUAAACCUGAAUUGAUUCUUAACAACUUUAAUACACGAUUGGGACACACAGUUGGACGCUGGCUUCAAGCACUUUUCCCACAUGUGCCUGAAUUUCAAGGACGUCAAGUAGCAACUUUUCAUAAUCAACAACGAGUUGAUUUGCAAGAACUUGGUCCUCGAUUCACUCUCAAACUCAAAUGGCUACAAAAAGGAGCAUUUGAAAAAAAUGCCCGAGAUGGAGACAAGUCGACGGCGAUUCUUCUUGUAGUUCGCAUACGAAACUUUGGUGAAACAUAA